ACAACAAAGCAACCCAGACAGUCAGCCGCAGGUCGAGAAUGAAGCUGCUUCUCUUUGCAUGCGUCUACCUCGCUGUCGGCGGAGAGAGCCAGAAGAUAUGGCGAAAGAGGUGUGAUAGCGCAGUCGCCAGUGUCAUGGACUGCCCGUACGGCCUCGCAGUCGGCAACUAUGGAGACUGCACGUGCGCCAAGGCCCUCGGCGAUGAGUGCGGGGGCUCGAAUAACGUCUUCGGCAAGUGUGACGCCGGUCUGCUCUGCGACAAGAACAUGGCCGACCCCUCCGCAAAGGGAAAAUGCGUCUUUGGAUAGAAAGGGAGAGUAUUUUCACCACUAUGAGAAUUGUAAACGACGGGAUAAGUACGGAUAAGUACGGAUGGGUGAUGAUGCUAAAGCUUAUACGUAAUUACUUACGUGCAUUGGAAUUCGGCUGAUCACUAACCAAUCAUGAAUUAAAGAGAAAAGAAAUGUA